AUGUUCGCUGCCAGGAACGCUUUCGCCCAGGCCCAGCGCCGCGCUUUCUCUGCGUCGGCCCGCCAGUCCUCCAAGGUCACUGUCCUCGGUGCCGCCGGUGGUAUCGGCCAGCCGCUUUCGCUCCUCCUCAAGCUCAACCCUCGCGUCAGCCAGCUCUCCCUCUACGACAUCCGCCUCGCCCCCGGUGUCGCUGCCGACAUUGGCCACAUCAACACCAAGAGCGAGGUCCGCGGCCACGAUGCUACUCCCUCCGGUCUCGCCGAGGCCCUCAAGGGCGCUGAGAUCGUUGUCAUCCCCGCCGGUGUGCCCCGCAAGCCCGGCAUGACCCGCGACGACCUCUUCAACACCAACGCCUCCAUCGUCCGCGACCUCGCCAAGGCCGCCGCCGAGCACGCCCCCGAGGCCAACAUCCUCAUCAUCUCCAACCCGGUCAACUCCACCGUCCCCAUCACCGCCGAGGUCUUCAAGGCUAAGGGCGUCUACAACCCCAAGCGCCUCUUCGGUGUCACCACCCUCGACGUUGUCCGCGCCUCCCGCUUCAUCUCCCAGAUCAAGAACAACGACCCCGCCAGCGAGAACAUCACCGUUGUCGGUGGCCACUCCGGCGCAACCAUCGUCCCCCUCCUCUCCCAGUCCGGCUACAACCUGACCGGCGAGCAGCUCGACAACUACGUCAACCGCGUCCAGUUCGGCGGUGACGAGGUCGUCAAGGCCAAGGACGGUGCUGGUUCCGCCACCCUCUCCAUGGCCAUGGCCGGUGCCCGCUUCACCGAGUCGCUCCUCAAGGCUGCCCAGGGCCAGAAGAACGUCAUCGAGCCCACCUUUGUCGACUCUCCCCUCUACAAGGACCAGGGCGUCGAGUACUUUGCCUCCAACGUCGAGCUCGGCCCCAACGGUGUCGAGAAGAUCCACCCCGUCGGCAAGAUCACCGAGUACGAGCAGAAGCUCCUCGAUGCCUGCCUCGCGGACCUGAAGGGCAACAUCAACAAGGGUGUCAAGUUCGCCGCCGAGAACCCGUAA